GCAUUGGCACAGGCUAUACAAUUGAAGGAGAUGCUGCUGGCGUCGGAGCAGGGGUCUCGGGAUGAGAAUGGGACAUCUGCCAAUGAAGUCCUGCAAAUAGAAGAAGACACCACACUAGUAGAUCAUGGGGAACAAGCCCGUGUAGUGGUCGAUACUGCUGUAAAAGUUCAUGAUUGUUAUCAUGGAGAACAAGAAUCGCACUCACUUCUAAAAAUACGAGAAACAGAAACCGGAAACAACGACUCUGCAACUCCAGCGAACCCAAGUCUAAGUGGAGGCCAGAACUCUGGAGCAAACGACCACACGAUUCCACAGCUCCUAGACGACACUCAAAGAAAAGACCUGUGGACAUCAUGCUUUUUUAGAAGCGCAUCAUGCGCUAGCUCAUUGGGGUCUUCUUCUGCUACCUCUGGACCACAGCGAUCAUCUUCGUCUUCUACAUCACCUUCUGCUUCCACCUUAUCCGCUUGGCACGGUAUCCACAUCGCACACCACGCGGACCAGUUGACGCCUCAAGAAAUCCUCCUGGUAGAUGCAGUCCUUGGACACGUUUCAUCUUCGGAGAAAGUGCGGUUGGAACAGAAGCUGAAUAAUGUCGAGACCUUAGACUGGGAGAAUCUGUAUUGUGCUGCAGCGAUGGCGGUGAAGGUUUUUUCAACUGUGGAUGAUCGGGCAGCUGCAGCUCGUCCUACUACAACUGGUAAGCUAGAAGCCAGGGUAGGAGAUGUUCCCGUCCUUGCGGAAGUAGUCCAGCAAUUGUGUUUUAACGGAGAUGGUGCCGCUUUGCUGCGCGAUUUCGAUGUUGACACAUUUUCAAGGAGAUCGGGGUCGACUUCGCAAAUGAGGCUGAGCAAGAGGAGGAUGGAGAAUCCAGUGAAGGCGUUCUUAGAAGAUAUUUUCUGUGGAAGCGCUAGUACGAUUUGCCGGACUACAAAACAUGUCGCUUUGUUCUUAUCACAUUCUCGAAGCGGGGCAAGCAAAAGAGAACGGAGUAAACUGCAGAAUACAAGAACUUCUUCCGACCAGAUGAACCAGAUUGCCGAGAUUUUCGAUUCUGUUGCCCAAAUCGCGUGUAGUCGAUUCUUCAAUCCUGAUUGGGUGCGGACGCGGUUUUUCUGCGGGAACGGGGUACCACUGGAGAUCUCCAGGGUCAUGAUGGAUUGGCUGUUAUCUUGCAUGAUGAUGUCGUUCUCUGCUUUACGAGCAGAACCUCCUACACCAUCCUCUUCAUCAAGAAGGAGCGAAAAACAGGCAUCUUUUCUGAUCGAUGCUUGCGCUGCUGCAAUGGUUGUGAUUGGAAUUGAAAGACGCGAAAUCGACGAUUUGCAAAGAGAUGUGGAGAACGCUGGAGACUUGAUUUCGAGAAUGCAAAGGGCAUGGAGUACUUACUUAGAAUUUUUCUUCGUUUUCACUUUGUGUAUUUGAAAGUAUCUGGUGUAUUCAUGCAAAUUAUAGAAAACCUAUCGAAGUAAAAGGCGCAAAGCGGCCUUGACGACUAUCUUCACCGCCACCACGACCGCCAUCACCAUCACCACCAGGAUCUUCAACGGUUGCCGAUCUGAUCGCCGCAUUAGAUGACAUCAGUGCUCGGGACUUCUUCGCCUCCAUUACAGAGGAGGACGCCGUUGACGGGGACACUGACGUCGAUGCAGAUGAUCAUGAGAGUGAAGGGGAUACGCAAAGACUCGCUUCUUUCCUGAGCACCAGGAAUCUGCACGAUAGUUCGCGACCUCUCCUCCGUCGCUCUGGCUCCGGCGUACUGCGACCACUAUUGCCGUUCGAAGCUCUGAGACAAGGAGAGCAGGUGGAUGUAAGCGAGCUCAUAGGGAAUUCACAUCCAGGAGGAGCUGCAGGACUUGAAUUUAGUAGUUCUAGUUCCUCUCAAAAAACUAGAAGUAGAGCUACUACAAAGCACCUUAGAAACGUGGAGGAUUUGUUCUUUUCUGGUGACAAGGGAGAGGCACUCCUUGACGGUGGAGCUGUUGGUAGCAGGGAUAAAAAGUCUCAUCGUAGGUCUGGCUCUCGCAGAAAGUCUUUAGAACCAGGAAGCAUCGAACUCGUAGCCUCUAGUGCGGCUUCCUCUCGUAUUGUCAAUUCGUCACUAGCUGCAGAACCAGGUCUUCAAGUAGUAUCUGCACGUGUUGGGUACGUCAAUUAUCGUCAAGUGGUGGCCCUUAAAAACAAUGAUUUUAGCUCAUCUCCGAGGACAAGAAGACAUUUUCAAGGUUCUUCUACUGUCCCCCAUGAGUUGCGUUCUACAAUUUGUGAAAAUGUACGUAAUCUCCGCUUGGGGGAUGAAAUGCUAGAACGAAACAUAGCUGCCAACUGUAUCCAAGAAAAUGGAAAGAGGUCGUUGAUGAAAUGAAUCUUCAAAACGCG